AUGUUGGAAGCGAAGGAUGAAGAAAUCAAUAAUUUGAAGGCAAGCUGCAAAUCUGCUGAAGAAUCGGAUGCACGAGCGAAGCAAGAGCUCCAGCUCCGAGUGGAGAAAGUUACUGACCUCACGGAGAAGCUGACGGAGACAGAGGCAGCAAGAGACGAUCUUCAAAGAAAGAUGGAUGCCAUAAACUCUGCGAAAACGGCUUUUGACUUAGCCAUGUCUCAAGUGAAUGCUGAUGGGACAUCCAGUCCUUCGAAAAAUGUGGGAACCAAAAAAACUGCUCCGGUGAGUUAUACUUCAUUUGAACCAAAGCAAGGUUCUUGGAAGUUUAUCUGCUUGAUUGAAAGCAAGAGAGGACGAAAACAUUAG